GCUAUGAAUAUCAUUAGCACCAUGCACCACCCACGUGGCCGAACCCAUAAGAAGAAGAAGGGAACAUGUUUCAAGUGGCUGUGUUCUGUCUAGGUGUUGGGGGUGCUCUGGUUGCUAUGCUGGUUAACUCACACCAGCCAGAUCCAUACAUGGAUGAGGUGUUUCACAUUCCUCAAGUUCAGGCGUACUGCCGUGGCAACUUCUCACACUGGGACCCCAUGAUCACCACUCUGCCGGGACUGUACCUAUCCAGUGUGGCGUGGCUCUCCCCUGUCUCCCGACUGCUGGGCAUGUCCACGGAGAGCCUCUGUCAAUCCCCCCUCCUCAGAGCUCAGAACCUCAUCUCCUCUCUCCUCCUAUUCCUCUGUCUCUAUUGGUUACACAGGAAACUGCACAGCACAAGCAUCUCCGUAGCUGUACUCUCCUCUGUGAAUAUGACACUGUUCCCAGUGUUGUACUUCUUCUCCUUCCUCUACUAUACUGACACGGGGGCCACCCUCCUCGUCCUACUUGGCUACGCCCUCAGCCUCAGAGGAAACCAUCUCCUGUCUGCCAUAGUGCUGUUGUUUGGUGUGUGCUUCAGACAGACGUCCAUUGUGUGGCUGGUGUUUGUGGGAGGGGCCGCUGCUGUGGAGAUCAUCGAGCCGACCUUCACCAAACACACCAAAGGAGAUCACCUGAUGCUCUCCUACCCAGCUGCCAUCGUUAAGUCCCUCCUCUCCCACCUCUUGACACUGCUCCUAACACUGUGGCCUUAUCUUGCGGUGGUGCUUCUGUUUGCUACAUUCAUUGUCUUGAAUGGCUCCCUGGUAAUGGGGGAUAAGACUCAUCACGUCCCCUGUCUCCAUCUCCCACAGCUCUUCUAUCUGGCUGUGUUCACUUGUGUCUUCUCCUCACCUCAUAUCCUCCUUCAUCACACCUCUGGUCUACUACGAGCACUGAUCACAAGACUGAAGUGGAGCCUGGCCCUUGUAUUCAUUGCACUGACUGGAGCCUUGGCUGUCCAUUAUUUCACGUACGCCCAUCCCUACCUGUUGGCCGACAACAGACACUAUCCAUUCUAUCUGUGGAAGAAUGUGUUCCGAGUACACCUGACUGUGAGGUACUGGCUCCUCCCACUCUACUCCGUCUCCAUCACCGCCAUCCUCUAUACACUCUCAAGAACUAGGUCGUUUCUCUGGAUUCUGCUUUUCACUGUCUGUUGUUUCAUGACGGUGGUGCCACAGAGGCUGCUGGAGUUCCGCUAUUUCAUCAUCCCCUACCUCAUCUACAGGCUCCACAUGCCGAGUGGCCAUGGCAACAACAUGCUACCCCUCAUGGCUGAACUGCUAUUGUACUCGUGUGUGAAUGUAUUUACACUGUAUGCCUUUCUGUAUAAACCAUUUCUGUGGCCUGACUCACAACAACUUCAGAGAUUUAUGUGGUAAAAUCACAUCUCAUAAUUAUUCAAUACUUACGACGUACAUGUAUAAUUAUGUAUAAUUAUAGUAUAAUAUUUUCUGGCACACAACUGUUUUCAACCUGUUUUUCAAUGAAAAAAUUCCUAAUGAAAACAAUACAAAAAUCAAA